UCGCACCGUCUCACGGCGACAUGAACGUCAUUAAAUACCCAGCACAUGGGCUCAUGAGAGCCCCGCAUCAAAACAUCCCCCCUUAACAUGGUCGGUCAACUAUCCCCUAAGCUCUACACGUUUCUCUGUGCCGUAUUCGUUGCGAGCGGUGCAGGUCUAUUCGGGUAUGAUCUCGGUGUCAUUGCCUAUGUCCUGGCGGCACCCGACUUUGUCAAGACUGUUGACACGACCAAUGCAAACUAUAUCGGGUUCAUAACCUCGUCCCUAUUGCUAGGUGCAUUCGUCGGAACCAUUCCAGCCUCCUAUGCUGCCGAUGCCCUGAGCCGACGGGUUGCUUUAACCAUCGCUGGAUGCAUCUUUAUUGUUGGAGGAGUCAUUCAGACUUCUACUCAGAACAAGGAGCAGAUGAUGGCCGGCAGAUUCAUUGCCGGACUGGCGAUCGGACAACUGGGUGUAUUGGUCCCAUUGUACCAAUCCGAGAUCGCCCACCCAUCUAACCGAGGACAAUUGACCGCCUUGUUCCAGCUGUCUCUGGGUAUAGGUGCGUUUGUCGCCGGAUGGAUCGGUUACGGCUGCCAGCAAGGUGCGAUGGGAACACAGAUCCAAUGGCGGGUUCCACUCGCAUUCCAAAUGCUUCCCGCUAUCCCCAUUGUCUUGUGCCUCUUUGUGCUCCCGGAGUCCCCAAGAUGGUUGAUGAUCAAGGGCCGUCCCGAGGAGGCCCUCGCUUCUUUGGCCAGACUUCACUCUCGUGGCAAUAUCAACGACCGUUUGGUCCAAGCUGAAUUUGCGACCAUCUCGGCCAAGUUGGACGAAGAGCAGGAGAUGGCAAGCAGAGCAUGGACAGUGAUUUUCCGAGACGGUGCCAACUUGAGAAAAGUGUUUUAUGGAGUUGUAUUGCAGUUCUCAGUCCAGAUGACUGGAGUCUCCGCCAUUCAAUACUAUGCCAACACAGUGUACUCCUCCGUCGGGUUCGCCAAAAACGCUCUCCUCAUCAAUAGUCUCAACAAUGUUAAUGGACUCGCAGCCGAGGCGCUCUGUGUUCUAUUCCUUGACCGAGUCGGACGCCGACCUCCACUCAUUUAUGGCAAUUUGGCAGCGAGCGUCGCUUUUGCCGUAGCAACUGCCAUGGCAAAGCAAUUUGCCACCGGCGGAGGCACCAAAGGCGAAGGGUACGCCUUUGUGGUCAUGAUCUUUAUCUACAACUUUGUCUUUUCCUUCUGCAUCGGACCUCUAUCCUGGGUAUACCCCGUCGAAAUCAUGAACACUGCCGUCCGAGCAAAGGCCACGGGUAUCACCACCUCUGCCUCGUGGCUGGCCAAUUUCAUGAUCGGCCAAGUUACUCCAAAAGCAUUCGACUCGAUCGGCUGGAAAUACUACCUCGUUUUCACCAUUUGCUCCAUGACCAAUGCCAUAUUCUUCUACCUCUUCUUCCCUGAGACCAGAGGAAGGACGCUCGAGGAGAUGGACGAGUUAUUCCGAACCAUGAAGCUCAUCGUACCUCUCGACAAAUCGGCAGAGCGGGUGGGCAAACAUUCGCGAGAGGAGCAGCUCGCAAUUGCGGGAGAGCUCAAGCAAGAAGUCGAGGUUCAGCACGAAAAGUUAUAGCGAUGCAUUGGUAUUUCUAGCCAAACACGGCU